CUUUAACCUCUAAACCUCAGCCUACCUGUCGGCGCAGUCGGGCUCUCGAGCCGCAGCAAUCCUCGCCGCCGUCGUCGGACCUCCCUCUUCUUCGCAGCGACCCAGCUCCGCCUCCCGUUCUUUUGCAGCUCGUCACGCCCCGAUUCGCCGCCGGUCUUCGUCCGCCGCCACGCCUCGCUCGCGGGUCCGACGCCGAAAACUAAGGCCGAUUCAUGGCGCGUUCCCGGGAUCGUGAUUUCUUGUUUUGCGACUUAUGCGGGACGAUGCUUACAUUGAGUUCAGUCAAGUUUGCAAAAUGCCCUUUGUGUAAUUUCAAGCGGAGCACUAAAGAUAUUGCUGGAAGAGAAAUUAAAUACAGAGUAACCGCUCAGGACAUAAGGAGGGAGCUAGGCAUGUCUACCUUCAGUGAGGGGACGCUGCAAUUAGCUACGAUAAAUCGUAAGUGUGAAAAAUGUGGCAACGAUGAAUUCGAGUAUACCCGGAAGCAGAUGAGAUCGGCAGAUGAAGGGCAAACGACAUUUUUGACAUGUACCAAAUGCAGGGAUACUAUUACGGAAAACUAACUGUACAACUUAUCGGAUUAUUAUGCAAUUUUGAGUCCACGGGGGGGAGUUGUACUAUGUGGUGAUGUUUACACUGCUAAGUUUUUUGUUUCAAGCAUGUGCAUCUCGUUGUGGAAAUUCCGGAAUGAGCUUCCUAGAGUUUCACUGGAGCAAUUUCUCUU